AUGUCCGUCCAUGUCCUGGGGAAUCCGCGACGUCUGGUUCCAGGCACAAAGAGCCAAGAUGGAGCAGAGAUCCAGGGCUUAACGAGGAACGAGCACCACGCCGGGAACUUUUUAGCUCGGAUCAUUGUCCGCCACAUCUCAUCGUACAAGGAAAGAAACGACAACAGCAACGGCAAGGAGAAGAAGAGGGAGAAGAAGAAGACGACGAAGAAGAAGGAAAAGAAGAAGAAGGAGAAGAAGACGGAGAAGAAGAAGGAAAAGUAG